AUGUUGAACAGCAAGACAUCGAAAGAUAAGAUCAAGACUGCCGAGGAGCUGGAGAAUCUCAACAUGGCCUUCCGCGCGAUGCGCAGUGCCAUCAGGUCCUGGUCCCUCUUUGUGCCACCAUCAGUGGUAGAGCGUUUCUAUGUCGCUGGCCUUGAGGCGAAAGUUGGAGUUGCCAGAUGUGAGGUCACGGUUCUGUUUUGUGACAUUGAUGGCUUCGAGGAGACAUGCCGCGAGAUGCAUCCUGAUGCAGUGCUGAGUAAGCUGACAGGCGUUCUGGGGACAAUUGCCGAUGAAAUACAGCUGCAGAACGGAACUUUCUUAGAGUUCAUCAGUGAUGAGGUCAUGGCUGUCUUCAAUGCGCCCAAUAAACUGCCAAACCAUGCUUCAGCCGGGUUACUGUGCGCUCUUGCGAUCCAGAAGGCUGUUGUGCAGCACAAGGUGCUGGUGGCAAAUCAGGAAAAGCAUAUCGUGAAAUGGCGGGCGCUUAUGCUGGCGCUCGCCUGCCGCGGCUGGAAUAUUGGUUCCCACCAGCGCAUCAAGUACGGUUUGUUGGGAGAUGGUGUCAACCUUGCAGCGCGGAUGAAAGGCUUCGUGGCUUCUUGUCCUUUUGUGAAAGACCAGGAUCAUGCUCUUGGCAGGCCAGUGGACCUCGUCGCCGUGAAGGGCAAGAGUGAACCCACCAAGGUUUGCGAAGUCAUAGGUUUUAUGCAUGAACAUCCGUCGCUGGCAGAGGCAGUCAAGCGCCACCAGCUGGCUUUUGACCUGUACCUGGCACGGAAGUUCAGGGAAGCAAUGGAGAAGUUCGAAGAGGUUUCCUCUCUCCUAGCGGUUGCGGACAGACCUGAUGAUGAAACGUCGAACAUGAUGAUCUGCAGAUGCGAGGAGUACAUGAAGAACCCUCCGCCGCCAGAGUGGGACGGUGUGGAGCACCUCAAAUCCAAGUCGUUCGGCGUGCCGCAGCGUCCGAAAAAUCAAACCAAAGACAGCAUCAUUGGUGACGCGCAGCAGCAAAAUGAUGCGAAACUCGCUCAAGAGAUGGCGAACGGGAUUCUGCCAGCAGAAUCUGUGGAGUCUCAUGUUCUACAGGUAGAGGAUGGCGAAGGUAAGGAUGCCGAUGAAGGGAACGGGUACGAACCAGCGCGCCUUCAGAUAUGGUGGGCAUUUGAUUCGUCCAACGGUGGCAUUCAACCAGUCGCCUCGAAUCGGCAGAAGCCUGUCGUCGGCCGCACAUUUCCAGACUUUGGUCGCAUUGUUUCACGAAGUCCAGGAAGCACAGCGCGCUUGCAGGAAAAUGAGGCAGGCAGAAGUGAGCUGUUUGGACCCGCGUUGGUUCUCAAUGUUGGCGGCACUCUGUUCAGGACAACCCCAAGCACGUUGCGGAAGGCCCCCUUUUUUGACUCCAUGUUGCGACACACGGUUGAGGGUGGUUUUGGUGCAACAGUGGACAGUGAAGGCCACUGGCUUUUUGCAUGGUCUUCAUCCUACGGACACCGCCUGCUAGGCCACUACUUCGUGGACCGCUCCGGGUUCAUAGAUGCUAUCCGGGCAGAGGCCAGCUUCUACGGAUUGGAAGGGGAUCAGCAACUGCCAGUGCCACGCAUUACCGAAUAUGUGUCGGUCUGGCAGCACAAGGAUGACACUUCUAUCUACGUGGAUUGCUUGGAGCAAACCAUCAGAGAGGAGGGGUCGCCGUCUGUACCACACGCCGGAUGUGACAGUGUGAACGGCGACAAUGGGCCGCGCGAGGACGUAAAGGGCGCCAAGGUUGUGCGGACAUCGCUCGCUACGGCCGCGGUCCAUGCCACCAGUCGCCACCGGUUCGGCCAGGCCAGACCGCGCAAAGUCCCGGGGGCAGGCGGUCUCGCGCACAUUGGAGAGCGCCCGCAGCAGUUGUUGAAGUUGAAGUCCGCCAUAGCUAAGGUCUCCGACAGCAACACCUUCGCACAGUCAGGCCCACCACGGUUGCUGAGGCGCAGCGACACGCCCUCACCGGACACUGGUGUAUCCGGCACGGGCGAGGCGUCUGCCCAGCACACGCCGGCGAAAACGGUUUGGCUUUCUUGUCUUUUCUACUCUGGGCCUCGUGGCUGCCUACUCCGGACCCUGUCAGUUGAAGCGGACUGCCUCAUGCAGCGUAGAGCGUCUCGGUCGAGAACACACGGCGGUGCUCGGCCAAUCCCCGACACUCCGACACUGCUGCAGAAGCCGGCCUUGAUCUUAGCUGUGAUUGGUCUUCCUGUCGGUUUCCGCUUGGGUCAGUCAAGCCCGCCUCUGCUCGCCCAUCCUGCGGCCUGUGCGUGGGUCGGUCAAGGUCUUGCCUGGUCCCCGCCCACCCUUUGCAGUGGCCUUGAGGGACUUGCGGCCGCGUCCGUGGUCCAGCACGACUUCAGCAGUCACACGGAGGGAAGCUGUAAAGCUUGUGCCGGCCUUUGCUGGCCGGUUUUUGUUGAGGGGACUAAUGAGUCUUGCGAACAGUGGGCAGUGGUCCCGUUCAGGGUUGCCUCCCCCACACAGGCCGCCAGGCUGGUGGGUGCUGGCUCCGGGGACUGGGGCGUUGGAGAACAUCGUCAAAGCCGUAGCGGGCCUGGAACGCAGUUCAUGCUAUCAAGGAAGCCACAGAAAAGCUAUGUCCUGGCGGGGCCUUUCCAUUCAAACUUGCUCAUACAUGGCCUGGCAAAUGCACCAGCAUCGAUAUCGGGCCUGGCAUGUGCUGUCCUCCAAGAAAUUGGAGGUUUCAACAAGGAGGAGUUGGAGGCUGUGCAGCAUCAUCUCGAUCAAGUCCCAUUGAAACUGCUGGGAGAAUUGUGUGAAGAUAAGUUGAUCGAGCUUGCCUCCGAUGCCGAGCUUGCAGCCGGUCACAUCCAUGCAGAACUUCCAGUCAAACAGGCUGCGGUGCAGGGCUUGGAGGCUUCUGAAAGCUCUCUGCAAGCCGGAAAGAUGCAGGAGCUGGCAGGGCGUGCAGACGUCGCAAAUCCGGAUCAAAGGCCAGUGAGGCCUAGGAAUGGUUGGCAUGAUUCUUCUGCUGCGAAACCGGAGUGGUCUGAACGUGACCUCCAGGAGCAGCUACAGCUACAGAAGGAGUUGGAAGAAAAGCAGCUGCAGCUGCAGCGGCAACAGCAGCAGCUGCAGCAACGGUUUGACCGGACCUCCAGUCUGCGGGAUGAAGGCGAGCGUCGCAAUGAUCCCAGCUUGCAAAGAGGGCUGCUUCCGGCCUCAAGCAGUUGGAACUUGCCUGAGGACGUGCCGCAGGUGCCUGCACUACGGACGUUGCAGCAUUCGCCGUCUGCGCCUGAAAUCGUGAACGGAGGGCAAGAUAAACACGCAGGUGCAGGUACCGCCUCUGCAAGAAGCUUGCUGCCGCCUGCGCGCUCAGUUGCCAGGCAACCACGCUCAGCCACGCCUGAUGCUCCAAGAAAUACUGGCCGGCCUGCAACCGAACAUCAGGGUGCCGGGACAUUCCGGGCUUCCAGCUCUGGGCGAAAUACAUCCUUCCGUGAGCGUGAGGCACCUGUACACAUUCGCCUCUACCAGGAGAAGGACGACCGCCGAAGACGUCUGGAACAGGCUCGCUUGCGGCGCCUGGAGCAGGAGGAGGAGGAUCUCCGUGCAGCAGCUGAAAGAGCUUUGGGAAGGCAGCCCAGUCCAGCCAGACCGCGCCGUGAGCCAAGCCCAGGCAAAGUGCCAGCACCACAGAGCGUGCCAGCCGGGAGGGGCGAUGGCGUCAACUCUCCAGCGACCAGAGUUAAACCUCCGGUUCCAGACAGACCUGGAAGUGCUGGACGUGCUCGUCAGACUGGCGAAGGCACCAAAGCCUCGGCACGGAAGACGACACAUGACCGCGCGCGGAGACAGGAGUCUGAGUCCAAUGAUGUCGAUGGCAUGCUCCCUGCCGGUUUGGAGACGUCAAGCAUUGCCUCGAUUGCCUCAGACUCCAAUGCCGUUGGCCAGCACAGCCUCGUGUCUGUCGGAACCGGAGUAGAGGACAGCGUGUGUGGCGAUGCAGCUACAUCGGCAGGACACGAGGACGAGGUUCAGCGUCUCCGACAGAUGGUGUCUUCCCAACAGCAGAGGAUCGACUUCUUGGAGAACAUGCACCAGCAAGCUCUGCGGCACCUGCGCAAAUCCAGAGAGGAGCUUGCGCAAGCACAACAGCAGCGUCUGGAGGAGGCUGACAAAGUAUUGGGCUUGGAACAGCUCAUCAGCGAACUACAGGUGCAUCGAUUCGAGGGCAGCAUGCAUCAUGAAUGGGAGAAUUGGCUCCGCCGUGCGCGCAGCAUCCUCGAAGGUGGAUGA